AAUCCCCUCGUUGUUAGAAAAAGGAAGGACAUGCAGUACGCCCGCUGUUUUAAACAGAUGGGUACAGGGAUCGGUUGGAGUCUAUGUAAACUGUAUACGUUUACGGGAUUUGAUGAUUAAAUGGUGCUAGUUCCGGUAACUCUUUUACCGCACCGCACGAAAGAACAAAAUAUCACUGGCUGGUUUAUAAGGGUUUAAAAAUUUUCAUAUGCGCGUUUCCUGUGGCUACUACGGUACACUCAUGGCUGCAUUUAACAUGUGCCUCUGAAGUUCUGGAGGAUUUUACCGACUAGAAACGAGGAUCAAAACAUUUGGUACAAUGAUUACCCCAGCAUUUGAGCUGACCCAGGAUUUAGAUUUCCUUACUGUAACAAUCCGUGUCCCUUAUACAAGGACUUCAGAAUUUGACCUCUAUAUGAAUGGAGAAGAUUUAAAAUUUUAUGCCAAACCAUACUUUUUGAGGUUACAUCUUCCAGGAAGGAUUGUUGAAGAUGGAAGAGGAAGCAGUACUUUUGAUGUUGAUAAAGGUGUUUUUACUGUUAUAGUUGCCAAAGAGAUCCCAGGUCAACAUUUUGAAGGACUUCAAAUGUUAACAGCUUUACUAGCACCCAAAGGUCUAAGGUCUGCUCGGCCUUUAGUGGAGGAGAUAGCAGAAACGUUCACAAUGGAAGGUGAAGGUGGUAGUGAUGAUGACAAUGUGGAAUUUGAUUGGCUGAUACAGCAGACACCUUACAAAGAGAUAGCAAGUGAGGAACUGAAUUGCCUUUGCAAGUAUGGAUUUGGAAAUAAGAGAACUGGAGUUUUCACUCGACUUCAGGAUGAAUUGAGUGAUGUAGUUGAUGUGAAAAAUCCUGAUAGGACAUCUGUAGCAGAGCGAAGACAGGGCCGUCUAGAAGCUGAACACAACAAGUUUGAUCCAGAUCAUUAUCUUGCAGAUUUGUUUGAAGAUUUUGCUAUUCAAAAUUUAUUGAAAUACAAGCCUUGGUGGAGAGGAUCUAGCAGUAAAAUACAAGAAGAACAAAAACGUGCCGUGAUUUUUACAGAAGAUGAGAAGGAACAGUUGAGGAAAUUCAGUAAUAAAUCCUUUCUGCUUGACAAGAAUGAAACUCUUCAUGUAUGGAUAGGCCUAAUUGAUAUCUUAUUGGCUUAUGCUUAUGAAAUACGUGUAUGUGAAGGAGAAAAAAAUGUUGAAUCAUCAUGGAAUAUACGAAAGUUAAGCGGAACACUCAGCUGGCUAGAGACAUACAGUUCUAUUCAAGAAGUCUUUGUGUCAUUUGGAAGGAGAGUCAUGUGUUAUCCUCUUUAUAGACAUUUCGAUCUUGUUCUCAAAGCAAAAGAGGACUUGGGUUUAAUAUUCCAACUUGGAAAAGCCACCAUACUGAAGUGCUUACUAGAUAUACACAGAGUUUUUAGAGAAAGUGAUCCUGCUUAUAUCCUAAAUGAUCUGUAUAUCUCUGAUUACUGCAUAUGGAUUCAGAAAGCAAAGUCAAAGAAUAUAAUGAACCUUACUGAUCUCCUACGUGACACGAACAUCAGAAAAGAAGACUUAGAAUUAGAACUGGAGGAACUGGAAAAAGCAGCACUAUUGGUCCUAGAGGAGGAAGAGAGUGCGACUUCACCAGAUACAAGCAAAACUGAAGAACAACAGAAUCUAAUAUGUUGCAAGGACACUAUUGAGUUUAGCAGUAAGUCUUCAAGAGACACAGAAAGGUUUCAUCCAGAAAAAGAAUAUUCAGUCAGCUUAGCAUGUAGUUCAAAGAAAAAUGAGGAAGAGUCUUUGAACAAAUUAUCAGGCAGGUCACAGGAAAAUACAACUUCAUUUGCAGUGAGUACUACUUCUGAUACAAAUCAAUCAAUGGACCAAAUGGCUCCUUCAAGACAAAUCUUAUCUGAUGAAGACAAAGACAAAAUGAUAUCAGAAUCGCUUAGCAGAAAUUUGGUUGAAGAACUUGGCGACAAGUUAAAUAGUGUAGUGUCUAUCUCUGAGGAUUCUACACAUGACAUUUCUGAGAGCUGUGCAGCAGAUGCAAAGGAAGAGUCCUUGGUUGAUUUCAGCCUCACAAACCCUUCACUUACACAGAGACAGAUUUUAGAGGUUUGUCCUAAAAGGGAUCCACAGCUGCUUUUAGUACACACCACUAAAGAUAACGAAGAAUCAUAGUAUGUGGCAUUAGUCCUUAAUAAAAAAAAUAUUCUUGUAACAUUAUGGUAAGAAGCAUUAUUGUUGAUCUCUGCAUUUUUACAUUAUGAGUUACAGACUAUAAAAAAUAUUUUUUUUAAAUAAAUGUGAAGCUGUUUCUGCAGAUUUAAAUGUUUUCUGCUGUUGUAAUUAAAUACUAUUGAUACAUUGAUUUUAAAGGUGGUUGUUUUUGUUUAGCAGUUAUGUGGUGCUAUUCUCAUCAGGUCAUUAAGGCUCUUAAAUGGACCAAAAGUUGUAUGAAUAUAUGAACUACAAACACAUUUCAGAUAGUCUUCCUGAAAAGCAUCUCAAAUUAUUUCUGGAAAGAUAUUACAAA